AUGGCAUAAGUAGAGCAGAAGAAGAACAAGUUCACCUCCUGCAGCUUGGACCUUGACCAGCUGCUGGGCAGAUCCUAUGAACACUUGAUGCAGCUGCACACUGCCUUUCAGCAACAGAGGCUGAACUGGGGUUUGCAGAGGAAGCAGCUCUCACUGCUGAAGCACCUGCACAAGGCCAAUAAGGAGGCCUCCCUAAUGGAGAAGCCCAAGGUGGUUAAGGCAUGCCUUCAGGACAUGAUCAUUUUGCCUGUGAUGGGGGGCAACAUGGCGGGUGUUUUCAGUGGCAAGACCUUCAGUCAGGUGGAAAUGAAGCCUGAGAUGAUUGGCUACUACCUGGGUGAGUUCUCCCUCACCUCUAAGCUUGUGAAGCAUGGCAAGCCUAGCGUUGGGGCCACCCACUCGUCCUGCUUCAUCCUUCUGAAGUAG